UAUUUAUUAGUUUGUUACACUCCAGAGUAAGAAAUGUUUAAUAAAUUUAUUGAUACGGGUAAGUGGGGAUGUUAUUAAUAAACGCAAUUAAUUCUGUUUUAAUCGGUGAUCUAGUAAACAAUACAAUCAUCUCUCGUGAAUAGUCACAAGUAUUCAUAAAAUGAAGAACAGUAUAUGUUUUUUUAUAAUAAUUAUUAUAAUUACAAAAGUAAUCAGUAAUAAAAGUUCGGAUGAUAAUAAACGAAAGUUUGGUGAAUUUUUAAAUUUCGGAAGUAAAAAAUUACACAAAAGUGAUAAAGUUAAUUUAGAAAGUGAAAUCGAUAGACCUAAAAUAGACGUUUUAGGAGAUAUAUUAAAAGAAUAUAUUGAAGCCAUCAAAAUAUUUCCAAAAUUAGAUAUUGUUUUUUUAAUAGACUCAUCAUCGAGUAUCGGCGAACACAAUUUCAAAAGUGAACUCAAGUUCGUUAAAAAGUUACUCAGUGAUGUAAUAGUUGAUUAUAAUCAUACUCGAGUUGCAGUGGUUGCUUUUAGUUCAUCAAAUAACAUACUAAAAAAUGUAGACGAAAUUGGAAAAGCGUCGAAAAACUACAGCAAGUGUUCUCUAUUAACGAAACAACUUAAGAGCAUCAAGUUUAAAGGAGGAGACACUUUCACUUUAGGAGCACUUAAAAAAGCAAAGGAAAUUUUUGAAUCGUCUGACAGAAAUGAUUCGAAAAAAGUAUUAUUUUUAAUAACUGAUGGAUAUUCCAAUGGAGGUGAUCCGAUUCCAGUAGCAAAAGAGCUUAAACGAGAUUUAGUUACAAUUUUUACAAUAGGAAUAAGAAAUGGAAACUAUAAGGAACUAUACGAUAUAUCCUCGACUCCAGGAGAGUAUUAUAGUUAUUUAUUGGAUAGUUUCAACGAAUUUGAAAGUCUGGCGAGACGAGCUCUACAUUCAGACUUGAAAAAUGGAGAUUAUGUUCCACUGGGAAGCAAUGCAUUUUGUAAUAGUUUGUGCGACGAAGGGGACUGCUGUGAUAAAAAAUCUGUAUGCUCGUGUGGGACGACAACAGGACAUUAUUCAUGCGUAUGCAAACCAGGCUAUUAUGGCACAGGUUUAAGAGAUAAUUGUUUUCCUUGUGUUACAGGAACAUAUUCUGAUGGACCAAAUUCUUGCUUACCAUGUCCUGAUCCUUUUCAUACAACUACUAUUCCAGCUUUCGGAAUAGAGAGCUGCAAAUGUAAGGAAGGAUACAGAGCUGUAGCUAAUAGAGAAUGUAGAGAAUUGAAAUGUCACAAAAUGUCUGCUCCUGAAAAUGGAUACUAUGUUAAAAAUAAAGUAUGUCCCAAUGUCAUUUUUAGUGCUUGUGGUAUUCGAUGUGAAGUAGGAUAUACUUUGAAAGGUACCAGCGUAAGAUUGUGUCAAAAAAAUGGUACAUGGAGCGGAAAAGAAACUAAAUGUGAAAUUAAAACUUGUGGUCCCUUAGAAGGACCGAAACGUGGAAAGUUGGAAUGUUUUCAGCCCGAUUUGAGAAGAAAAUUUAAAAACGUCACCACGAUAUUACCUGUGGAUACAAUUUGUAAAUUUACUUGCAAUGAAGGUUAUAUAUUAUCUGGAUCAAAGGAACGAACUUGUCUUCCGAUAGCAAGAUGGAGUGGUUUGAAAACUUUGUGCAAACCAAUAAAAUGCAAAAAAUUAAUGUUGAUUAAUUUUGGUUCAAUCACGCCUCUUUCUUGUCAAUUUGGCCGUCAAGACUAUGGUAAAGUAUGUAAAUACGCUUGUAAUGAUGGAUUUGAACUUCAUGGUCCUUCAGAAAGACGUUGUUCUGAAAGAAAUGGUAUAUGGGAUACUUUGGAAAAAGUUACUUGUUCAGAUAUUUCGCCACCAAAUAUAUCUUGUCCUGGAAAUAUUAUGGCUGAUAGUUUACCAAGAAAAAAGUUUGGGCAUGCGUCAUGGGAUAAUCCAAUAGUAACAGAUAAUUCCAACUUGAACAUUACCGUUUGGACUGAACCUGCAAUAACGAACAUCUCAAUUCACAAAUUUAAAAUUGGAAAAACGAAAGUUCAAUAUUUUGCUCAAGACGCCUUUCAAAAUAACGCAAAUUGCACUUUUGAAGUCAUUAUUAAAGAUAGUGAACCGCCAUACUUUGAAAAUUGUGAGGAUCCACCAAUAUUUUUAUCAAACGAUCCAUCAGGGGCGAAUAUUACUUGGGAGGAACCACACGCUUCCGAUAAUUCCCAGAAUGUUAUGUUAACUAAAUCCCAUGAAUUUGGAUUUUUCAAAAUUGGAACAACUCCAGUAAAAUAUGUUGCAUUGGAUAACCAUAACAAUAGCAAUAUCUGUAUAAUCAAUAUAACAGUUGAAGUUUCAAAAUGUGAACCAUUACCAGAUCCACCAAAUGGUCGAAGUAUUUGUAUGAAUCAAUCGUAUGGGGUUCGUUGUUUGAUAACAUGUGAUGAGGGUUACAGUAUUCCAGUUACCCAGGUGACAGAGAAAGAUAAUGAUACACUUUUUGUUUGUAAUGAUGCUUCUCCGGUAUGGUACAGUGAAAAUGGAUUUAUGUUUUCGGAUUGUUCAGAAACUCAAAUUCCCAUUGAAGAGCAAAUCGGUGACAUUAUAAUAUCAGACAUAAAAAACUGCAGUGAUUUACAAAAUAUAGAAACAAUAAAAAAUGAUGUCAUACUUUUUGUUAACACAGAAUUAUGUACCGAAAACUGCACUCUUUCUACAGACUUUGAUUGUAAAGCUGAAAGUCUACCGGAAAUCAACAAAAAUAUCAGCAAUAUUGUAAAAAGAGAGACUAAAAGGAAUAAAAACUGGCACAGAGUAAAUGUAAAAUACAAAUUAAGACGAAAAUAUAACAAGAAAAGCAAAAUGUUAUCGAAUUCGCAAAUUAAAUUAAAGUCUGGUUACAAAGCUUCAAUUAAUUACGAAACCAAAAUUAUUUGUCCACUGGGGUCAGUCCAGAGAAAAAAGAAGUGCGUAUAUUGUCCAAGAGGAACUUUUCACAAUGAAACUAGAAAUAUAUGCCAAAGUUGCCAAUUUGGAAAAUAUAACAACAUAAUUGGACAAACAUCGUGUGUUCAGUGUCCAAUUCACUAUUCUACCAGAAAACUACGAUCUAAAAAACUUGCAGACUGUAAAGAACAGUGUCCACCAGGUACACAUGCCAGAAAGAGAAUCCAGAAGGUCUUUAAACGUUUUCAUAACACAACUAUUGAGAAAACUACUUUAAAACCGCAUUGUUAUUCAUGCGGUAUUGGAUUUUAUCAACCAAACUUUGGAGAACUGAAAUGUUUACUGUGCCCUCAAGGAUAUACGACAAAUACAAUAGGAUCAACCAGUAUUGAACAAUGUAUACCUACCUCGAAAGAACUUUGUAGAAGAAAUGUUUGCAUUAAUGGCAUAUGCACUACUAUAAAUGAUUAUGAAUAUACUUGUAAUUGUUAUGAUCGUUAUAUAGGUUCUCAUUGUGAACAACAAAUAAACUUUUGCCAAUCACAGCCCUGUUAUAAUGAUGGAAUAUGUUUAUAUACCUAUCAUGAAUAUAUUUGUUCUUGUAAGGAAGGAUAUGCGGGGAAAUUUUGUGAAGAAAUUAUUGAAAAACAGACACUGACAUGUUUAAAUAAUGGCAUAACCUAUUUUGAAGAUAAUGGCACUACUGUUUGCGUAUGUCCGUCUGGAUAUACAGGAGAGCUAUGUGAAAUUAAAAUAAAUUUUUGUGAAGAAAUGUUUUGUGAAAAUAAUGCUACAUGUAUUGAAGAACAAGGACGAGGUAACUGUAAAUGUUCAGGAGGGUUCAUAGGAACAAGAUGUCAGUUAUUACCAUGUGAUUAUAAACCGUGUCCUGAAUCAAAAAUUUGCCUUAACACAUAUAAAGAAAAUUCUACAAUUGAUAGUUAUUUUUGUGUUUGUCCGGAUGGCUUUACUGGUGAAAAUUGUGAAGAAAGAAUAAAUUACUGUUUAAAUUCGCCGUGCCUCAAUGGAGGUAUUUGUAAUAAUGAUUACACAAACUUCACUUGCACUUGUUCAAGUUUAUAUUAUGGUAGUCACUGUGAAUUAAAAAGAAGCACCAAAUAUAUAUUCAACUUUGAAGGCUAUACCACAACCAAUUACGUAAAGCUUAUGCCUUUCGUGAAAAAUCUAACUGAUAUCAGUGUUUGCCUAUGGAUACAAACUCUAGACGAUGUGAAUUAUGGAACAAUUAUUUCAUAUGCCACGCAAUCUCACGAUAAUGCAUUUACUUUAACAGAUUAUACAGGGCUUGUCAUAUAUAUUAAUAAUCAAUAUGUAGUGACUGACGUUCACUUAAAUGAUGGACUAUGGCACCAUGUAUGUGUUACGUGGAGUAGCUUAAAUGGUAGCUACAAAAUAUUCGUCGAUGCCAAACUUACAAAAUUUGGUUUUAAUUUGGCACCAGAAAGUCAAAUACAAGGUAUGGGUAGUUUAAUAUUGGGUCAGGAUCAAGAUAUUUUUGGUGGAGAAUUUAGCCAAAGUGAAUCAUUUGUCGGGAAGCUCACUUAUAUAGACAUCUGGUCUAAAGUUUUAACUGAAAAUGACGUUUUAAAACACUUUAUCGAUUGUGAAGAUUCGUUAUUCGGAGAUUUAUACGCUUGGCCCGUAAUGAAAAAAUUUGCCCAAGGAAGCCUAAAGGUCGAAGAAUCAGAUUUUUGCAAAAGCUGUCUAUCUCCGAAAACGUUAUACAAUGGAUAUAUUGAAGUUAUCCACAAUACUGCUUAUUAUUCCUGCUAUACUGGUUUUACACUAAAUAAUCCAAAAUUUACUGAAGGACGACAAUGUACCAAAGCUUCAUAUUGGGAAGGUUACUAUGAGCCAUUUUGCAAACGAAAGUAUUGCGGAUAUCCAGGGUCGAUCAGAAAUGGUUACAUCACAGGAAAAAGAUACUUUUUUCAAGAUAAAAUUAGUUAUAUCUGUUAUGAAGGUUACAACAUGAUCGGUAACAGUACCAUAAUGUGCAAUGAAAACGGACAGUGGGUUACAGAAAAACCUCGUUGUAUAGGUACACAAUGCACUGCUUUUACAAAACCGGAAGAGAGCGAGCUAAUAAUUAUGUCUGAUCAAAGUUAUGAAGAUUACAAAGAAAAUAAAACUCAGUUUGACAUUGGAACACAAAUCGAAAUUAUAUGUCCUGAAAACUAUGAAUUAAUUGGCGAAAAUAUAAUCACCUGUAUGGAAAAUGGAACGUGGGAUUUGACACCUCCUAAAUGUUCAGCCAAACUAAAAUCGAACAAAAUAGGAUGUUCUUUAGAGCAAAUUCCUAAAGCACCUCUGAAUGGAUACAUUGAUAUGGAUUCAUAUUACGAAGCAUCCAAUAGUACAAGAAAUGUUGUUGAAUAUAAAUGUUCAGAUGGCUAUAAACUUGUAGGUGAUAAUUCAACGUCAUGUAUCUUGGAUGGAUAUUGGUCUGAACCAAAAAUAUCUUGUGAACCUAUUACUUGUGGUGCUUCGCCUAAAUUUAAGAACAUGGUCCGUGAAGAAGAGCAAACUGUUAAACAUUCGUAUAAAGUUGGAGAUAAAAUUUUAUUUAAAUGUAACGAGGGUUAUGUAAAAUUGGGAAACAACCCUUUCAUUCGUUGUAUGGCUUCAAGCAAAUGGUCUCGACUUCAAGGAAAAUGCUUAAGAAAGUCAUGUGGAAAGCCAUCCAUUGCAGACGAUACUGAAUUAGAGGGUAGAUCAUAUUUAUUUGGAGAUACAGUAAAAAUUACCUGUAAAAGUGGAUCUGUAUACGAAUUAGUUUGCAACAAGAAUGGUAUAUGGGAUGGUGACAAAGAUGCAAGCUGCUAAAAAUUAAU